UAUGAAGCACUGUCCUACGUAUGGGGCGACUCCAAGGUUACGGUUCAAAUCAGGAUUUCUGAACAACUCGUGGAUGUUACAGUGAAUGUGUACGCUGCUUUGAGAUGCCUACGGGUUCAUCACUUCGAGAGUAUUUUAUGGAUUGAUGCGUUAUGCAUC